AACCGGGCCCGCCGCCAAGUGCCUUCAAGCCUCGGGCUAUCUCACCAGCGCUUUAGUUUCUGUUUCGGCCCUCUCACACAAAAGCAAAGCAAAACAAAAAGUCAUCCCGCAUCCCCUCCCGUUAGCAAUAGAGUAGUUUUUUGUUUUUCUUCUAUAGCCCGCAACUAAGUAGUGGUGGGAGGUGAUCACACAAAACAACCACCAAAGGCACGACAAACACGGGCACCACUCCAGCGUGCCAGUUGUACCAGUGCCGCCGUACGGAGAUAAAGCAUUGCACCAAACCUUACGGGUACAUAAGCACCAGCGCAAUCUCAUCCCGAAUCUCACAGUUUUCCCACGUGUCGGACGUGUCUGAGACCCGCUGCUCAAGAUGAUUGCCGCCCGGGCACUGCACUACGUCUUCAAGAUUGGUAAUCGCGCGAAGAACAUCCAAUUCUUCCGGGAGAUACUGGGCAUGAAGGUACUACGUCACGAGGAAUUUACGCAAGGUUGUGAUGCCGCCUGCAAUGGACCGUACGACAAUCGGUGGAGCAAAACGAUGAUCGGGUACGGGCCGGAAGCGUCCCACUUCGUGAUCGAGCUGACGUACAACUACGGCGUGCGGGAGUACGCACUGGGCAAUGAUUUCGCCGGGCUGACGAUUAAGUCGCGCGACAUCCUAGACCGUGCCCGGCGCCACGGCUACCCGGUCGCGGAGGAGGGCGCUCCGGGCGAACCGUCCGUGCUCCUGUCGCCCGACGGGUACCGGGUGCUGGUCGUGCCGGAGGAGGUGCCGGCCGGCGCCGACCCGGUACAGCGCGUCGCCCUGCACGUGACCGAACUGGCCCGCUCCCGGGCGUACUGGGCCGACACGCUCGCGAUGGUCCCGGUGGCGGGGACGACCGACCCAUCCCCCGACCGGCUCGCGCUUUCGUACGAUCAGGGCAAGUUUGUGCUGGAGCUGCGGCAGCUGGCCGCCGGCACGCCGCUCGACCGCGCCAAAGCGUACGGGCGCAUCGCGUUUGCGGUGCCGCACGCCACCCAGCCCCACAUCGACGAGCUGAUCCGGCAGGCGGGCGGCACCGUGCUGACGCCGCUCAUCUCGCUCGACACGCCCGGCAAGGCGACGGUGCGCGUGAUCAUACUGGCCGAUCCGGACGGGCACGAGAUUUGCUUCGUGGACGAGGAGGGCUUCGGCGCCCUGUCCGCGCUCGAUCCGGAUAGCAAUGCCGCGCUGGACAAGUACAUCGCGAAGGACCCGUUCCAGGAGCAGUGAGCCCGCACAUUCCGCAUGGUUAUGGCGUUGUUGCGCUAAACAUGGGAGAACUUUUCAUAUAGAGAAAAAAAAGGAAUUAUUAAUUUGUAUUGCAGAGCGAGACAAAACACAAAGCAAGACACAAACGCGCACUGGUGAAGGGGAUGGACGCGGAGCGUAGAAACUGUGUACUUAGUGGACAAUAAAUGAAUCAUCACCCUUUACACACCGACCUUUACAUGCAGCCAACAUGGUUAGUGUUGGGUUUGAA